GACAAUAGAAGAAAGAAAACAUUGACAGCCAUGUUUACGAAGUCAAAGUCGAUCAUAUCAGUCAAAAAUUAUGUAAACAAUUGAAAGAAAACCCACAAUUUAGGAUAGUUUUGUUAAAUUCAGGACGAUGCCUGUGGACUGCCCUAUACCCCAGCAUGUGACCGGGCUCUACUUGUUUGCCGUCAUUAACUUGGUUUGUCUAUUUCAUGCCACAACCGUCUCCUGUGAUAUAGAAGUGAGAAGAACUUCCACCAAUGACACAAUCAAUGCAUUUCAGGAUCAUUUAGCAAGCUUUGGGCCAAACCUUCCAGACAAGGGGAUUUAUGGGUAUGUCAUGGUAGUGGAGCCAGACAAUGGAACAACAAAAUGCACCCAGUAUCAGCCACACAUCCCAGCAGCUAAUAUAUCAGAGAAGAUGACAUGGAUAGCCUUAAUGCAAAGGAAUGGAUGCAAGUUUGAUGACAUGGUGUACAGUGCUCAGACUCUUGGCUUUGGUGCUGUCAUUGUGUAUAACUACGACGGAAAUGAUGACAUCAUAUCCAUGGGAGGGGGCAAAGAUGCAGGAAGAGUGGCCAUUCCAUCAGUUUUUGUGGGAUUUACUGCGGGGAGUAUCAUAAAAAACAACUUCCAGUUUGACACCAAUAAAACGUUUUAUAUAAAGAUAGAAAAAGACGAUUUCUUUGACAAGCCCUAUCUGAUCUGGCCCUUUGCUGUGGUGGUGGGAACAUGCUUCAUUCUAAUGCUGUUAUUUAUGCUGUUUAAAUGGAUUAGAGAUUGUCAAAAGAGGCGAAAAUCACGACUGUCAACAAAGCACUUGAAGAAAAUUCCAGUUAAAAAGUUUAAGAAAGGUGAUAACUAUGAGACCUGUGCUAUUUGUCUAGAUGACUAUCAGAAUGGUGACAAACUCAGAGUUCUACCCUGUGCCCAUGCUUACCACUGUAAGUGUAUUGAUCCGUGGCUGACGAAGAGAAAGAAGACAUGCCCUGUCUGUAAGAGGAAGGUGAUCCCGGGAGCCAAUCCCGACUCCGACUCCGAAUCCUCCGAGGAUGAAGGACCCAGUAAUAGCGAACGCACACCGUUACUGGCCGGGAACAACAAUACACGACGAUCCACGUUUGAUAAUUCUGGCCUGCCUGAAGUUGUCAGAACGGAGGUCCAGCGAGUACAAAUCAGACGACAGUCACAAUCCAGUAUAUCCGACUCAUCCGAGGACGAAGUGGAUACGAUCGAGGCAGACAUCACCAUGGAAACCUCGUCUGAGGAGGAAGACGACAGGACGCCUGAAGAAGCGAGGGCAGGACCCUCGGGAAUUAACAACUCAGCCUUCACAGGAGCCGAUUCAGCUUCUCAUACAUCUGUAGGAGUGGAUCCAGCUUCUUCCAUCCAGGCGGAGGUGGCGGUGAAACAGACAGGGGAGGAUAAAGCCACCAAUCAUAUUGUUUAGACGUGUCAUGUGACUUAUGUGUGAGAGAUGUGAAUCUCUGAAACAGGAGAUAAAUAUUUAUCACCAGCUAUUACUCUAAAUAUAAAGAGGCUUAUAAAAUUAUCCAUGCUCAGGUUACAAGAGUGCUACAUGUAUAAAUUGACUGUUAAUAGAUGUUUCUCAUGGUUGCUGGGCAUUACUUUUUAAGUUUUAGUUCUGUGUUACAUUACUCUGUGAGAUAUAACUAUACAUUUUGUUCUUAUAUUUACAAGUCAAUUAAAUUUUUUUUCUAUUCAAAUAUGAAAGAAAUGAAAAAGAUAGAAAUGAGAUAAAAUACAGGACAGAUUUGGGUAAAAUAUUUGUAGAAAAUGAUAAAUAUGUUUUAAAAAUUUCAGAAAAUGAGAAAUAUGGUUGAUUGCUGUGUUGUACUGUUGUUUCAAAGUUUUGGAUGCCUAAAUGUUGGUUUUUACUAGUUUUGCUCUACUUUGCUUACUUGUGGUUAUCAUGUCACAUUUCCCCAGUAUUGUGGAUUUAAUUACUGGAUUAAUGUAGAUUGAAAUUGAAGAAGAUGCUGGGAUUUUUUGUCUUAUCAUGUAGACAUGACAUCUAUUACUUAAAAGUUGGUAAACUUAAAAUUCAAAAACAUACUCUGGUGGAACAAAGAAUGUUUUAUGGUUGAAUUUUAAAAAUGUGAGAAUUUUGUUUCCAACACUUUCUUCAUAUGAACAUUAUUCAAGUCUUCUAAUUUCUUCUUACAAUGUAUGCUUGCUUGUUACAUUACAUCUGAAGGAUAUAGAGAUAUUCUUCUAAAGUGGAACCAAAACACUGUAAAUUACUACACUACAGUAUUUUUGUAAAACAACAAAAUGGCAUUUAUUUGAAAGAUAUAAUGUUUUUUUGUUUUAUUUUUUACAUAUUUUUUUAAACAAUACGUAAGAAGAGUUAUUUCCCUUUUCACACACCGAUCAAUCUUGCAAAACAAAAUGAUGAUAAUGUUUCUUGUGCAUAAAAUGAAUUCAUUAGUGCUAAAUGAGUUUUGCUUAUUAAAUUUAUAUUGAUUGUCUAGUCUGGCAAAAAAUCCAAGAGCACAUUGAAGUAGGUAGCUCAAUCAUGUGUGCUUAAACAACCAGCACAAAUCAAAGGUUGCAUCCUUGUAUUAAGAUAGUUGUAUUGUAAAUAUAGUAUGCAUGUGCCAUUUUAUACAUGUAUAUAAGACGUUUUUCUAUUUAUACUGUGAUAGUUUGGGCAGUUUCAUUGUAUGGAAAUGCCUGUGUAAGCAGAUAAUGAAAUCAGUGCAUUGUUUAACUGGAAAAUUCCACUGCUUAUCAUAAAUUACCAAAUGUAUCUGAAGUGCUACACAAGAAAUAUUUAGAAUUGUUCGCUCUUUUUGUUUCCUUUGAAUUUAAGGGUUUAAUAUUACAAGUAAUCACUUGUUCUCGAAACUUGUUCAAUCAGGAUAGAGGUUUUGUUUCUACCACUAGAACUUCAGGUGGUUUUUAAAGUUGGAAUCGGUUAAAUGACAAAACAAACAUAAGCAUGCUGCAUUCCUUUGUCAUAUGUAUAAAUUUUAUCAUUCCCACUUUUGUGAUAUACUCAUAAACAGAUUUUAUAUGAUGGACUUCAGCUGAAAAUUUUACUUCAUUUCUGUAAAGUCAAAUCUGUCAUUGUUUUUAAGGGAAUUCAUUGUCAGUGAUUUUAUGAUAUCAUAAAAACAUUCACUUUAUUAUAAUGUGUAAAUGAUUUAAAGUCAAUAAAAAAAAACAAAAAC